GGACUAUUUAACUCCACACAAAUAUAGAUACAGCCUUAGACUAUUGGGGCUAACUGAAGCUUAUUGGACUAAGAACUCCCGAGAAAAGGCAAAGGGACUUGAAGCAAACAACAGUGAAAAUGAAAUUGUAUCUGGUGCUUGCCUUUGUUGCAUUCACAGGUUGCCAAGCCAACUUGUUCUAUGCUGAUCAGCCCAAGCCACAACUCGAGCAGUUGACUGAUGCAUUCUGGAGCUAUGUUGCCAAGGCAACACGUACCGCAGAGGACACACUGCAAAUGAUCAGAGAGUCUCAACUGGGUCAGGAAGUCAAUGCGAGACUGACAGAAAGUGCUGAUAAAGCCAGCGAAUAUGCCAUUACACUCAAAAACCAGAUGAAUCCUCUGGCUGAAGAGCUGAUGAUCAAAAUCACUAAGGAGACUGAAGUGUUGAGGGAACGUCUGGAGCAGGACCUGACCACAGUGAGAGACAAACUGGAGCCCUAUGCUGAGAAUCUCAAGAACCAAAUUCAGCAGAGAGUGGAGGACCUCAGAGCAGCCAUGGCUCCAUAUGCAGAGUCCCUCGAUUCUGAGACCCUGAAGGCCACUCUGCUCCAGAGAAGUGAGGAGCUGAGAGGGAGCCUGGAGCAGAGCGUGAAGGAGCUGCAGGCUCAACUGGAGCCCUACACUGCUGAAAUCAAAGAGAAGGUGGACCAGCACCUGCAGGAGUUCCAGAAGACCGUAGCCCCCCUGACUGAGGAUCUCCAGGCCAAGAUUGCUGAGAGAGCCCAGUUUGUCCAGCAGAGUCUUACACCCUAUGCUGAAGACCUGAAGGAAAAGCUGGACCCCUAUGCCCAGAACCUGAAGGACCAGCUCACCUCCCUCUAUGAGUCCUUUACCAAGACCAACUAAAUUCUUCAAAGACCUCUUUUGUCACUAACAGAAAAGUUUUUCCUUGCAUGAGCAUUGUGACUCCAAAAUCUGACAUAUUGAACAUUUCUCCAAUACCAUGCCAUAAAUCAACGACGUCUAGGCAACAAGCUAUUUUUGGCCUGUCUUAUAUCUUACAGAACACAGACCUAACACUAUUGUAAGAGAAAAAGAGUGAAACUUUUUACUAAAAUCUCAUUAGAGAUUUUGCUCUUAGUCUUUAUAACGGUUGUGUAUUUAUUUAAAUUUGGCAACUUUGUUUUUCGUGACUGAAAAUAAUGUUUGUUUCUUCCAAGUUUAGCAUUUUCUUUAUUUAUGCAACAAUAAAACACCUGCCAUUUAUUAACUCUG